AGAACAAAGCGCGGAGAGAGAAAGUAGUUGGAUGGUUCGUGGAAGCAGCCCAACCCAAUCAAUGAAUAAAAAUAAGGGAACGUAAGAAAGGUCUCAACGAAAAACCCUAAGCAAAGAUGGGGAACACGGAGAAGCUGAUGAACCAGAUCAUGGAAUUGAAGUUCACGUCGAAAUCGCUGCAGCGGCAAUCGCGUAAGUGCGAGAAGGAGGAGAAAUCGGAGAAGCUGAAGGUGAAGAAGGCGAUCGAGAAAGGCAACAUGGACGGAGCGCGGAUCUACGCGGAGAACGCGAUCCGUAAGCGCACGGAGCAGAUGAACUACCUCCGGCUUGCCUCGCGCCUGGACGCCGUCGUGGCCCGCCUCGACACGCAGGCGAAGAUGACGACGAUCAGCAAGUCGAUGGGCAACAUCGUCAAAUCGCUGGAGUCGUCGCUGGCCACGGGGAACCUCCAGAAGAUGUCGGAGACCAUGGACUCGUUCGAGAAGCAGUUCGUGAACAUGGAGGUCCAGGCCGAGUUCAUGGAGAGCGCCAUGGCGGGAUCCACCUCCCUCUCCACUCCCGAAGGAGAGGUCAACAGCCUCAUGCAGCAGGUCGCCGACGACUACGGCCUCGAGGUCUCCGUCGGCCUCCCCCAGCCCGCCGCUCACGCCGUUCCGGCCAAGGAAGCCGACAAGGUCGACGAGGAUGACUUGUCUCGCCGCCUUGCUGAACUCAAGGCCCGAGGUUAAUUUAUCAGUAAUAAUACUAUCAUCAUUAUCGUUGUUUCUCGAUUCUCGUCGCUGAUGCAGUGGAAUAUUAUAUAUAUAUAUAUUGUGUAUAUUUAACUGAAUUCAGUUGGCACUUGUUAUAUGGGCUCCCCUUUUAGGGGUUUAUGGCCUUCUCUUCGUGUUAGUGUUAGUGUCAUUGUGUGAAUACUUAAUACAUUAAUUGAAUGCUUAUAUUUGUCUUUUCACUAUGUUUUGGAACAAUGGAUUGGGGUUUGGCUUGCA